AUGAGGCGGUCUUCGUCUUUGUUUCCCGCGGCUGCGGUCUUUCUUGUCUUGAUCUUGGCUGCUGCUUCGCCCUUGCAACGGUCUCACUUGAUGGGAAUAGAGGAAUCAUUAUCUUCAUUAUCAGGAUGGAAUCCACUGCGUUUGCGGCAGAAGGGAUCGGAUCUGCCACUGCAGGAAAAGAGGCAAACCGUUAAUUGCACGGAUCUGUCGGCCGCUUUCAAUUCUCAAUGCUGGCAAGAACUUCAACUGAGUAACUUUCUUCUGGGAGGAGGGCAGUGGGGAGUAGGCUGGAACAAAUCGACUCGAGUUUGCGACAGUCAAUCAGCAGAUGUCAAUAGCAACGACGGCACGAAUUGCUGCUUGCCCGGCGAGGCAUGGACGACUUGUUUUCUUCGUCUUGCGCAAGGCGGAGGGACACAAGAUUGUUCGCAGAUUAAUGCGCAGUUCUGUUCCAUGCCAUCGGAGAACGCGUUAAGCGCCGGCCUAGCUGAUAGUAUCCGGCCAGAAGUCCAAUACAUACAGAAAAACAUCUAUGCGCUCAACGAUUUCUUUACUACCUAUUAUAACGCGCUGACGGCCGCCCAAAGCGAUGCAUCAACGACGAUUCAAGGGCUUAUUAACGAAGUGGACCCGAUCAAACCAGCCACAUUCAACCUCAUAACACUCCUGACUGCACUCUCGGUGGGUCUGGCAUUCUUGGGAGCACCAAGUAUCGCAGUAACAGUGCUCGGACUGUCCUCCCUCGCGAAGUCUGCCGCUCAGGUUUUGACAAUCAGUCUGCAGCAAGCGCCUUCCACCGCAAAAGCGCUCUGGCCGACGGGCACCCAGAACUCGCAAUCUGUGCAAAUCGGCAAUCUAGAAGCGGAGCUAGGGAACAGCACAAACCAGCUCGCAGACAUGGUCAAUAACGCGGUUCAACUGCUCAUGAGCGAUAUGCCAACGUUUGUCAAGUUUGUCGAAAGCGGGCAGUAUUCGGGCGCCGAGUCGCUUUCCUUACCCAGCAAAGUCGAGGGCCUCGACUAUGCUCUCAGGACUUACAUGACCUCGGAAGCGUUUGCCCAAAACGGCUGGGUAUCGACGCCUAUGAUUGGCCCUUUCGAGACCGUGCAAGACGUCGAGAACGCCGUGAUCGGAGGUGGCGGUGGGGACUGCACCAUGGGCAACAACAGCGUUUGCACCAACGGUCAGGGUUCAGCACUUUUUUGGAGCCAGCCUACGGGACGUGUUUACGCUUUCGCCAACGAGAAUGCUGGCCUGGUAGGCGUUGAUGCAUAUCAGCUACUGCAAGACACCGUUAACAACAACUGGGCCAUUCUCCAAGUGCUGUUCGAUGGCAGCUUCAAUUGCACGCAGGAAGGGAACUUUGGGGAUUCGAUCGUCAACUUCAACUGGGAUGGAACGUUGGACAUUGCGUGUAUCUCGCAGCUCCCGACGAAGGUUGAGUGCGGAGCAGCAUGUCCUGUUGCUCUGAUCAACAACCAAUGUCCUUUCCCGCCGCUGAAUAACGAUUGCGACUCGUGA